AUUACUAUGUCUGCAGUUAGAGAAUGGGCAGCUUCUCAGGGUGGUAAACUUUCAGAGGCUGUUGCUGUGAAUAACUUGGGGAAGUGGAAAACAGCCACUCAGAUGAUUGCAUUGACCAUCCUCCUGGUUACCAGAGAUAGCAGGGUCUGGAAUUUUUGUAGCGUCCGGUGUGAUCUUGCUAUAUGUUUCAGCGUGGCUUGCUGUAUGGUCUCUGGUCGUGUAUAUGAGAAAGAUAUGGAAAGUAUUGUUGAUGUAGAAAUCAUGGCCAUUAAUUGCAUUUGGCUCAUGCUACUAGCUGUGGAGGAGCAGGUUGUACACAAGCAGAUCCAUGAUUAGUGCAAGAGGAAGCCGCCUUUUUGGAGCCCUUUGCAGUCACAUGUUGAGUGCAACCAAAGUUGCUAACUCAAUUCUGACAUCCCUUACUCCAUAAUUCUCCGGUGCAUUUGGUUGUGACAGGAAGAGAAAUGAAAAUGUUGGCCGUGCUCAAUGUUUCGUUUUCCACUUCAUUCUUUAACCAUUUUAGCGAAAUUGGAGGCUAAACAGGAAUUAGGAUCAUCAAACCCGUGAAUUUGGUAUAUGUAAUCUAUUCUGACAGGAAAAAUAAAAUAUCAAGUGUUUGUUUGGGUUGAGCAGGCAUUU